AUGUCUGAAUCAAAUUAUUAUUAGUAAUUUGGAAUAAAUCAAUCAGUUUUUAAUAGUGAAUCACCCAAAAAAUUGAGUCCUAUUUUGAAAGUAAGUCAUUCAUAAUCAGAUGGUGAUAUUGAUAUAAGAAAAGAUAGCUAUGGAAAUAUAAUUAAACAUGGAGAGAAAAAACAUCGUAUUUAAUUUAAAUAGAAGAAUGAAGUAUUUAUAGGUAUGAGAUCAAUUGAUUUCAAUAGUUGAAAAUUGGAAAUAAUACAACACUGAUAUGGCAAAUCAAGAAUCUCCAUGUCUUUGCACAAUUUUGUGA